GGAAAAGGUCUGUCCUUAGUCAAAAUGGAAGGGCUCACACUGGGUCCAGGCAGUACACCUGCAGCAAAUGUGGGAAAUCCAUAAGCCACAAAUCUGUGCUUAUUCAUCCCCAGAGAGGGCACAGGGGAGAAAAUGUUUAUGUUUGCAGUGGAUGUUCAAAAUCUUUUAGCCAUAGUUCAGUUUUAAUUAGUCACAGGGUUCAACCUAGAAAAAGGCCUUAUAAGUGUGGUGACUGUGGAAAAUGUUUUACCUCUAUGUCUAUUCUCAGUUAUCAUCAGAGAACUCACAGAGGGGAAAAACCUUAUCAGUGCAUGGAAUGUGGGAAGUCUUAUAUCUCCAGUACUGGCCUCCGUUAUCAUCGCAGGGUUCACACUAGAGAAAGGCCUUAUAAGUGCCAUGAAUGUGGCAAAUCUUUUUUCUCUACUUCUGACCUCCAUUAUCAUCACAGAGGUCACAGUACAGAAAAGCCUUAUCAGUGCAAUGUAUGUGGCAAGUCCUUUCUCCGAAGAAACGUCCUCAAUGCACACAUAAAGAUUCACUCAAGUGAAAGGCCUUAUAAGUGUAAUGAAUGUGGGAAAUCUUUUAAGUGUAAGGCGACAUUCAUUAAACACCAGAGAGUUCACACAGGAGAAAGACCUUAUGAAUGCAGUGAUUGUGGAAAAUCAUUUAGUACAAGUUCUGUCCUUCGUUCUCACCAGAGAAUUCACACUGGGGAAAGGCCUUAUGAAUGUAGGGAAUGUGGGAAAUCUUUUACCACUAGUUUUGUCCUCCAUAAUCACCAGAGAGUUCACACUGGAGAGAGGCCUUAUGAAUGCAGUGAAUGCGGCAAAUCUUUUACUGCUAGUUCUGCCCUCCACUAUCACCAGAGAGUUCACACUGGAGAGAAGCCUUAUGAGUGUAGUGAAUGUGGCAAAUCUUUUACCACUAGUUCUGCCCUUCAGUGUCAUCAGAGAGUUCACACUGGAGAAAGGCCUUAUGAGUGCAGUGAAUGUGGGAAAUCUUUUACCACUAGUUCUGUCCUCCAUGAACACCGGAGAGUUCACACUGGAGAAAGGCCUUAUGAGUGCAGUAAAUGUGGGAAAUCAUUUACUGCUACUUCUGCCCUCCGUUAUCACCAGAGAGUUCACACUACAGAGAGGCCUUAUGAGUGUGGUGAAUGUGGCAAAUCUUUUUUCUCUGGGUCUGAUCUCCAGUGUCACCAGAGAGUUCACACUGGAGAAAGGCCUUAUAAAUGCAGUGAAUGUGACAAGUCCUUUCUCCGAAGAAAUAGCUUCACUGAACACAUAAAAGUCCAUUCAGGUGAAAGGCCUUAUAAAUGUAAUGAAUGUGGGAAAUCUUUGAACUAUAAGUCGACAUUCAUUCAACACCAGAGAAUUCACACAGGAGAAAAGCCUUACCUAUGCAAUGAAUGUGGAAUGUCUUUUAGUCAUAGUCGUGCCCUACGGAUUCAUCGUCAUUGUCACCUUGGAAGAAGUCCUUAUGAGUGUAGUCAGUGUGGGAAAUCUUUUACUUCUAAUUCUUCCUUCAUGUCACACCAGAGAAUUCACACUGGAGAAAAGCCUUACGAGUGCAGUGAAUGUGGGAAGGCUUUCACUGCUCGUUCUCUUCUCCGUUCUCACCAGAUUGUUCAUACGGAAGAAAGGCCUUAUGAAUGCAGUGAAUGUGGCAAGUCCUUUCCCCGAAAAACUACGCUCAAUGCACACAUAAAGGUUCACUCAGCUGAACGGCCUUAUAAGUGUAAUGAAUGUGGGAAAUCAUUGAAGUAUAGAUCGACAUUCAUAAAACACCAGAGAAUUCACACAGGAGAAAGGCCUUAUGAGUGCAGUGAAUGUGGGAAGGCUUUUAUCAGUCAUCCAGCUCUUAGUUAUCAUCGCAAGAGUGCACACAGGAGAAAGGCCUUAGGAGUGCUGUGAAUGUGGGCAGUCUUUCAGCCAAAGCUCCAGUCUCACUCAACAACAGAAAGUAUAGUAGAUGAAGCCCUUCUGAGUGAUCAAGUAUGAAUUGUUUAUGUUCACUAGAAGUUGUAUUUCUCUUCCUAUCCUCUAUUCAGGAUUAGCAGAUGAUGUCUUUGGGAGGUAAUUUGAAUCAGAAUGGGUCAUGAGUGUGGAUGGAGCCCUCAUGAAUGGGUUUAUUGUCUUCAUACCAGUUCUAAGAGAGCUUGCUUCCUCUGUGUACCAUGUGAGGACCCUUUUGAGAAGAUCAUCUGUAAAUCAGGAAGUUGCUCCUCACCAGACAUGGAACCGGACCCUAUAGGGAAUGUUAGGUUGGCUAUCCAGCCUCCAGAAAGAAGUUUCUGUUGUUUGCAAGUCACCUAGUUUGUGGUACUUUGUUAGAGCAGCCUGAGGUAAGACAUGUGAAGAAUGUGGGCAAUCUUUUGGCGAAGGAUACAGUUUCAUAAAAAUCAGAAAUUGCCCUGGGUAAGGCCUCAUGAGUGAGGGGAAUGACACAAUUCCUUUUGCCAGUCCUCUGUCUUCAUUGCACACUUAGAGUUCACACUGCCAAAGGGCAUUAAGGUAGCAGAGCAGGUGGUAUUUCCUUGAGUAGUGUAAUCACAGUGGAGGAGUGCCUUUGUGAAGCAGCCACUUAGCUGGAACAAACCUUGUUCACUUGAAUGUCCGCAGUGGAGUGACUUACCCUAAGUUCCAGCUAUUUGGGAAAACUUGAGGAGCUGUGUUGUGCUUCUGAUGUGUCCGGAGUCAUUGCUAGAUUGAAGUCACUGCCAGUUUCUAUAACAAAUGACUCCACUUUGAUACCUGACAGGUCCCCCUAAUGUGUAUCAAUCACCGCCUACAUGCUUAAGCAUGUUACCCCUGCGCAUUGUCAUUGGUGAUGGACAUUAUGGGUAAUUGGAACUUCACAUUCCCUUCUAAGUUAGGACAUGGAUGUGAUGCAGUGUUUAUCCACAGUACCUGAUCUGAGAUUUGGAUAGUGUCUUGCAGAUAAAGAGUAAAUGUCUUAGGAUAUUGUUGGUCUUGUGAUGCUUGUGAUAAAUCUAUGCAGCAUCCAAGUCCCAACACAGGUAUUUGCUGCCACAUUUUGCUCUGGUUUAUGCAUUAAUAAAUGCCUUUUUUGUUUAAUUACUUUAGUCUUAGGUGUUGUAUUCUAAUGGGUUAUUUGAAAGCAGAAUUAGGCUCUUCCAGCAGUAAGGAGUGAACAGAUUUCAUUGCAUCCCAAGCUUGCUGUGUCCUGGAGAGGAUAAUUGCAAAUAAAUAAUAUGUACGUGUGCACUCUCCAGCUUGGGUGUGAAUUUGCAUUAUGACCCACUACCUUUCUUAUGGGCUGAAUUGUGAAUCCAAAAUACCUAUGUUGAAGUUUUGGCCCCCAGUAUGUCAGAAUGGGACUAUAGUGAAACACAGGAUGUUUAAAGAUAUAAUGAAGUUGAAAUGAGGUUAUUAGGAGGGACUUUUAGUGUGACUGGUGUCCUUAUAAGAAUAGUAGCUGAGGAUAGAGGACCAGAAGAAUGACCAUUUGAAGACAGGGAAAUCCCCAUCUCCAAGCCAUCUCCAUCUCUCUCCAAGGACAGAGGCCUGAGAAGAAACUAACCCUGUUGAUUUAUGUCCAGUUUCUAGAUUCCAGAUUUGUGGGCAAGUAAAUUUCCGAUGUCAAAUCACCUAUGUGGUACAUUAUUAUGGCAGUUCUAGCUAAUACAGUCCCCUGUGUUCUAUAUCUGGAUUCUGUGGUCUGGAUGCCAGGAUUUUUCCUGUGCUCAGAGGGCACCCUGAAGAGGGAGCAUCUCCAGUGGUUAUGAAACCAUCUCCAGUGGUUGUGGAGACGACAUGAAUAUUUUGCUUGUCCACAGCUGAUACCACAUACUGCCAGGCACUGUUGAGUGGAACAUCUACCCCAAAUUCUUCAAAGGAGCCAUGUGGCCUGACGCACACUAUUCGUGUGUUACACCACAGGGGCAAGGGAAGUGUAAUUGGUAAUCUAGAAGAUAGGGUAAUGAGGGAAUAGAGGAGACAUCAGCCACUUAGUGGAGUGUAUCUCUUACAAACAUGUAUCCACAGAUGUUCUAGUGACUGGCUGGGCAGGAUCGGUGUGCACAGAAAUUCUUCACUAUCAGACAUAUGUAUCCUGUGCAACAGAGCUCAUUGUAUCUGAAGUCUCAUAUCCUCUCUGGUGUUUACAUCUCAAGGCCAUUGUGUGCAAGAGGAAAAGGAUAGGGGACAAGGGUGGUUUCAAGUCCAGGGUGGUAGCUUUUUUGACACACCUAGCCAGCAUUGUUAUUAGUACCAGCUGUGCCUGUGGCAGAUGCUUGUCUGAAACAUUCACCCCCCAAGUAGUCUCCCAGGUACUCCCCAGCCUCCUUGGCUGUAAAAACAGGUCGUCCUGGCGUUGGUGGUGCAGGGACCGACUCCUCUUAUGGGUGCCAAAGUCACGCUUCUGUCCCUGAGUCCGUAAAUAAACCGUUUCUCCUCCAGCUGGACUUCUCAACCUAUUCCCUUGCUUAAGGUUUGGAGGUCAUUUUGCGUAUACGUCCCUUCCAGGCAAUACUACUAUUUUCUUCUCUGGAAGUAUACCACUAUUUACCCAUUCAUCUGUUUGGACCAUUUGGGUUACUUAGAGUUUUGGCGUUUGUAAACAAAGUGCUCUCUAAAAAUUUUCAUUACCGUUCUUUAUGUGGAUAGAGGUUUCCUUUCUCUUGUGGUGAGACUCCAAGCGCAGUGCCCGUCACAGGUAGGUUAGUGCUAAUAUUUUUAAGAAACUGCCAAAAUGUGAUCUAAACUUCAGUUCUGCAUUCCCACCAGCAUGUAGGAGAGUUCCAGUGCCUCCAGUCCCUGCCACUACUUGAUAGUGCCAGUCUGUAAUGUCAGCCCAUUUCAUAAGUGUGUAGUGCUGUUGCCAUUGCAUUUCCUAGGGGUGUUGAUUUUGAGUAUUUUUUCGUGUGUUUAUUUACCACCUGUCUAUCUCCUUUGGUACAAUUUCUGUUCAUAUCGUUUGCCCAUUAUCUUUCCGGUGAGUUAUGGCUAUUUCCAUUUUCAUUUACAAAUAAGAAACGCAUACAACAAUGGUUUGUAUUCGAAUUUUCCUCAUUCUUAAAUGGUGUGACAUUUUGCUGUAUGGAGUCAUAGUAACAGUGUUAGGCUAUUUCUUCACUAUUUUCACUCAGCUGCUUUUGUGUCCUGCACACGUGACGGCCCAGAACACCAUACAUGUGUAAGUUUAGUGUGCAUUCUUACCAUUAUGUCUUCACUUUCUUACAUCCAGGCAUUCAGAAAUACAAAACUGCAGCCCUGCUUUGUAGUGCUUGCCAAUUUCCCAAGUGUAAAUUCUCCCAUCAUGAGAGCGGGAUAUGCUGGGAGAAGGCGCUGAAAAAUUCCACUUGGGUGUUUGGUGGAAGACUAAACUUUGGCGUGUGCAGGAGACUUUACAAUCCCAGGCGGACAGGAGCUGGGGUGGGGGUGGAGGUGGGGGUGCUGUGAGCCAGCUGCAGGUCUGCACAAGCCUCAGGAGAAGAUGUUAAUCCUGAUUGGCCAGAGGGGAGGGACCUCCCUAAACACCCUGAUGGGUGAGUGAAAAUAUGGCUGGCCUCACCUUAGUGGUGACCAGGUUGUCGGGCAAACCCGCUGGGUUCAGAUUGCUUCCUCGGAUCCCACCCAGUACCUUGGAAGGAUUUCUCACCCUCUAGUGAUCACCUCCAUGUGAUGUAACUCUUUCUUUCUGUACUAGUUGAGUGCAUUCCCCAAAGAUGAAUGCCUUUGGUGCAUCUCACCCUGAAUCUAGGUUGCCUUACCAGCCCUCCCACUCAGGGGAAGACUGCUGGCCGGGGCACUGAGGCCAUUUCUGGCUUCCCCCUCUCCAGGGAGGACUGGGAGCCAGUGGAGCAGGUAGAGGGUGACUCCCAGGAGAGGUCAGCAGCCUUAGUGUAGGAACCCGCUGAGACCUUUUUUCCUUGGACCCACGCGUGACGGUGGUGUCAUCUCAGAGCAUCAGCCAGGAAGGGGCCUGCAGGGAGAAAAAGGUGCUGGGUCGCAGGUCAGGAGUGGCACAGGGACAGGGGAGGAAAAUGGCACCCCCCGGAGGUGACUUUGGAAGGACCUGCUGGGUUGAGUCCCCGUAUGUCCUGUGGAGUUCAAGGUCCCACUGUCGAUCCUUAAUGCAAUGCAUUGCCCUGAGCCCUGGCCAUUCUUGACCCGGGAGGUGCCUGAGGGACACAGCCCAGUCCACAGGUGAGUUCUUGAUUCCUUUCCAUGUGUACAAUUGUGACCACUCUGGCAGCUCCUCAGGGCGACAGGAUGUGACAUCUGGGCUAAACUCAUUGGAUUAGGUUGUCCAAGAUUAUGUUAAGGGAAAACACCUCAGGCGCAGGUUGGUCAACAAAUUAUGAGUUUGUUGUACUGUGGGGUACAGGGAUGUAAGAGCACCAAUCCUGGGGGUCCCAAGUGGACUAGGUUUGGCUGCUCAGCGUUGACAAAAUCCCAAGGCAGAGAAACGAGUGGGGGUGAAACAGGAAAGGAAUCUCUUUCAGGGAGGCUAACAUAGGGAACACAGUGGACUAAACUCUCAAAGACUGAUUCCAAAGUGGUGAAAACACUUCUAGGUUUAUAUAAGAAAAAUGUCAGCAAAGGUGGGUGUGUACAUGCAGGGAGGCAGUGAGUCAAGUAGAUCAUUGUCAUGGAGUCACUCAUGAGUGGGGUCUUGCUGUUCAGGGCCCUCUUUAUUGCUUGAAGGGGUCGUUUUGGUUCUCAUCUGGGAAUGCUUGCCAUCAAGGUCUUCCUUAGCCAAGAGACAAGCUCAAAGAACCCAAUGAGAAAGUUUGGGGUCAAAACGGGGGCAGCUGAGUUCCUCUUUCAGUACUAAAAAAACAGGAUGUAUGGGAAAUCUACCUGGGCCCUCCAGCCAACCUAGUAAUUGUGAAAAUUUAACAAACACCUUUAGCCCACAUGAUUGAUUAAGCUUUUUCUGUGUAUCCAAAGAUCUGGCGUUGUCUCAUGGAAAGAAUUUAGCACUUCUGCAUGUCACAAAACAAACCUGACCCCUAGCAUUAAGUCAUCAGACCCCCUUGACAACCUUCCAGCACUGUGAAAACAUCUAUAGCUGCGACUAUUGAGUCUGCAUGCAGUCAAGAAACUUAUGGACCACUAUACUCCCUUUACGAUUAACGUCUCUAAACUCCAUUAAAAACCCCUGGACUACACACAGACCUUGGAUUUGGCCUUUGUACAACGGCCCCACCUUCCUUAGGUGAUCACCCUCUUGAAUAAAGCUCAUAUUCCUUUCCAUGGAACACUUGUCUCUUGCAUAUUGGCUUUUGGAGCAAUGGGCAGCUGAACUUUGUCUUUGGUAAUGUACAAACAGGAAUUAACAGACACAUAGACACAUGAUGGGGUUUUGGAGUGAUGGGGGUCCAGAGGUGAUGGCCAAGAAAUAAUUCUUGAGAUGACUUUGAUGCAAAAAUUGAUUUUAUUAUAGCAUGGGGACAGGACCCAGGGGCAGAAAGAGCUGUACUGGGAUUGUGAAGAGAGUUAACUGGUUAUAUACAGGGACCUGGGGGAGAUAAAGUCCUGAGGAUGUUUCUGAUAGGAUCUUCAUCUGCUAAAGAAGACUCACAGAUUGCUGGACGCCCAGCUAUUGUCAAGCUAAGGUGGUUUUUCCCUUCAGCACAUUAACAUUAAGAGGAUAGGGAGUUCCUGGAGAAAUGUUAUGAUCUGUGUUUGACUCAAGUAUUUGACAAUGGACUGUUGGUUAAAGGAAAUUUAAUUUUAUCUGCCAUUUCCUUCUUGCCAUUGUUCCCCACAUCACUGUGGAGGGAAGGGUGAAUUUGGAGCUAGAGAUUUCUGGAGAUUAGGCUAUUGAGAAGGUUGCCUUUUUCUUGUAAUUUUCUAAGAUAUUUGUAAACUGAUGGAGACUUGUAUCUUGCAUGACUGUGAUAUCUAUCAGUUAACCAUUUGUUUUUCCCUUUCCUUUGUUCUUGGACAGCCAGGAGUGCUUGAGGAAUGUCACACAUAACCCACUGGGGGGAGGGGGAGGUUUGCUGUUAGCCUGUACUUUGCCCUCAGCUUGCGCCACCCUCCCUCAUCAUAUCCCCUGAACAGUUUUGAUCCUGAAGUCAUUAAGGUUGUUAAAAGUGGAAGGUCUCAUCUUCUGUAGCUUCUUCCUGCUGAGUAGGGGUGUAGAGAUGUCCCUACCUAUGGGUCAAUAUUGAUCAGGUGGGAAAUGUAUGGGGGAGUUGCAAAUGGUGGAGGCAACUGGAUCCAACGUGGACAACAGGUGUGAACCUCCUUGAGGAGAAAAGAUCAUCUGUUGUUUUGAAGUUAUUGCAGGGGUGGACUCUGGGCAUCAGAGUAGUUGACAAAAAUCCUCUAGUCCAGGAGGUUAACCAAUCACUAAAGGAAAGAGAGGGAUUGUUUAAAGCACCAGUUUGAGUAUUCAUGUCAGUUAGAAAUCCAGAAAUAUUUUUGUGGUAAUCUGGAAUGCACAUACAGCAUUGUUUGUGUGAGAGCACGAGUUCCACUUUAAGUAGCAGCUAAAACAUUUAAUCCCAUUUUAUUUUGUAGAACUGUUUUAUGAAUUUGGGCUAUUUUAGCAUUGAAUAAUAUGUUAUUUUAAGAGUCAUUUAAGAACUUAACUGUGUGGGGCGCCUGGGUGGUUCAGUCGGUUAGGUGUCCGACUUCAGCUCAGGUCAUGAUCUUAUACUCCGUGAGUUCAAGCCCCACGUCGGGCUCUGUGCUGACAGCUCGGGGCCUGCUUCAGAUUCUGUGACUCCUUCUCUCUCUACCCCUCCGCCUCUCACUCUGUCUCUCUUUCAAAAAUAAAUAAACAUCAAAAAAAUUUUUUUAAAUACUUUAACUGUGUAACAGGUGGUGUUUAGCCAACAGGUGCUUUCCUGUUUAGUAAGCAAUCAGGUAAUUUUAAAAAGACAUUUUUAUAACAAAAAUAAAGGUUAAUGGAUAGAGAAAAUUACAAACCCAGUGUCUACCAGUGCUGCCAGUGAGAUUUUUAGAUGUCAGGCUUGACGCAUCCUCAGAUGGAGUGGAAACAGGCAGCAGGAAUCAGAUUGGUCUUUCUGGUUUGUAACUCAAAUGUCUGUGGUGAUACUUUUGAAUGGCCCAUUGUAAGAAGGAAUUGUUAGUAUAAAUUGGGGAAAGGAUAAUGAAAAAGAAAGGUACAACCACCAUAAGAGAAGUUUGAGGCUCACAGGAAUGAGAAGGCACAUUAGUUUGCUCAUUGAUUAAAGGGGGUACAGGUUUUAUUUGAGAUAUAGGAGCCUAUGAAGAGUGUCCCUCUAAUUUACUGCAGUGGGAGUACUCAAUAUGACCCCAUAGGGGCCCUUCCAUUCUGGAGUUAGAUCUGCUGCUGUAUUAGACUUUCAAUCUUUUU